AUGUCCGGCCUCGCUGUCCCCACCGCGUCCUCGAGUAGCCAGCCUCCUGCCGAGGAGCAGCAGACGUACGGCAAGACCACUGCCCCUCCCCUCCGCGCACCCGCGAGUGUGCCCGAGAUCACGGCCGUGCAGGGCCUCGUGCCCGUGCUCCAGAACAUUGUCGCGACGGUCAACCUCGAGUGCAGGCUGGACCUCAAGACCAUUGCCCUUCACGCGCGCAAUGCCGAGUACAACCCCAAGCGUUUCGCGGCUGUCGUGAUGCGUAUUCGUGACCCUAAGACCACGGCGCUCAUCUUUGCGUCGGGCAAGAUGGUCGUCACUGGUGCCAAGAGCGAGGACGACUCGCGUCUUGCGUCGCGCAAGUAUGCGCGUAUCAUUCAAAAGCUUGGUUUCGACGCCAAGUUUGCCGAGUUUAAGAUCCAGAACAUUGUCGGCUCGUGCGACGUCAAGUUCCCCAUCCGUCUCGAGGGUCUGGCGUUUAGCCACGGUGCUUUCAGCUCUUACGAACCCGAGCUCUUCCCCGGUCUCAUUUACCGCAUGAUCAAGCCCAAGGUCGUGCUCCUCAUCUUCGUCUCGGGCAAGAUUGUCCUGACCGGUGCCAAGGUCCGUGAGGAGAUUUACAUGGCCUUUAACCAGAUUUACUCGGUUCUAGUCGAAUUCCGCAAGGAGUCAUAG